GGCAAAAUAUGCUCCAUUAUUGCUAACAAUGGAGUCUAAAAUACCCAUAUUACAAUGCUUGUGGCUAGGGAAAAAGGUGUACGAUAACUAUUCUGUACACACUUUAGCUGGAGUGCAAACCUCAUACUUCACCAUUUUGUUAAGUAUCUGCUGGAUGGUAUGUUAUCUGGCUGUUUUAGCAGUGCUUAAGGAAACAGCAUUAUAGCUGUUCCCCUUGCCUAUCUUUACCGUUAAGACCAUUCAAAUGGCUUCCUGCAAUCUUGGCUGAGGAUGCCUCUGCCCAUAAUGUUUCGAUGCACUAGAUGGUUUUCAUUUUGAUGUAAUCUUUAAACAUAUCAAAUGCUGAUGCAUGAAAAAUGCAAUUACUGUGAGUUAUCCCAAACAAACUAAAUAUCAAGAUCAUGUAGCCAUAACAUACAAGGAUGAAUAUUGAUGAUGAUUUGGUUCAAAACAGUUUAUGCUGUAGAGACUCUUUCAUUUUGAUUUCUAACGAAAAUGACCUGUUAGCAGAAACAAUAUCCUGAAAUAAGUAUGCUUUAGACGUGAGUGAUAAUCUCUCAUUAGUGAUUUAAUAAGCUGUCAGAAAGAUAAACAAUGCUGUCCACUCAAAAAUUUUAAACUCUAGUUCGGGUUUUGGAAUGUGAAGUGAUUUUUAAAAGAAGGGAUGCAUUUUCCUAAAGCUACCAUCAGUGGACCUGGACUAAUGAGUUGUUGUAUUUGUAAUUAUAAUACAGUGGAUACCUUAUAAGGAUUUGCGGGUAAUAUAAGGCAAUGAAUAUUUCCUCAUCAAGAUGGCAGUGGGACAGCGACAGGUACUGCUAUUUUACGGCUCGUUUUGCGACAGUGGCGGGGCUGGUUUGCGGCGAUGCCGUAAGGCGGAUUGUACAGCUUCUAGCUGGUGUGUCGAGUGGUUGUUGGAGUGUCCGCUUUGGGUGAUCGGGCCUUUGGUGUAAUCGGCGAUCGAGCGCCGGGUAUUUGGUGCUGGUUCCCCGGUCCAGUUGUGUCCCUGUGUCCGGGUUUCGGUUGCCGCCAUGUUGCUCACCGUUUACUGCGUGCGGCGCGACUUGAGCGAGAUCACCUUCACCCUGCAGGUGAAUGGCGGCAUGCAGCUGGAGACUUUCCGGGCUCUCUGUGAAAUGGAGAGCAGUAUUCCCGCGACGGAGAGCCAGAUAAUCUUUGCAGAGCGGCCAUUGAUUGAUGACCGGCUGACACUGACAGCGUAUGGAUUGAAGGAUGGUGAUGUACUGGUAUUGCGACAGUUGGAAAGACCUCCAAUGCAGUCUAGUCUACCACUCCCAGGUGUAUCAGGACUUCCCAGGAUUGACUUCAGUGGUAUCUCGGUGCCUGGGUCAAUGGGGCACAGAAUGCCUCCUUCUGGAGUAGCUAAUCAGCAGCCACCAAAGCCAGCUUCCAGUAGCUCUACUUCUCCUCCCCCUGUUCCAGCUCCACACAGUUUGGAAAAUAAUCCCACUUUACUGCGGGACAUGCUUCUGGCUAAUCCACAUGAGCUAUCGCUAUUGAAGGAACGGAAUCCUCCUUUAGCUGAGGCGCUUCUUAGUGGAGAUCUUGAUAAGUUUACAAGCGUGCUACGAGAACAGCAACUGGAACGAGCUCGGCGAGAACAGGAGAGAAUCCGACUUCUGAAUGCUGAUCCCUUUGACCUGGAAGCACAGGCCAAAAUUGAAGAAGACAUUAGACAGCAGAACAUUGAGGAGAACAUGACAAUUGCAAUGGAAGAAUCACCAGAGAGCUUUGGUCAGGUGGCAAUGCUCUAUAUUAAUUGCAAGGUUAAUGGCAUGCCAGUUAAAGCAUUUGUAGAUUCAGGAGCACAGAUGACAAUCAUGAGCCAAGCAUGUGCUGAGAGGUGCAACAUCAUGCGCUUGGUUGACAGGCGGUGGGCAGGAAUUGCUAAAGGUGUUGGAACACAAAAAAUCAUUGGCAGAGUUCACUUGGCCCAGGUACAGAUUGAAGGUGAUUUCCUCCCCUGCUCUUUCUCCCUCCUGGAAGACCAGCCAAUGGAUAUGUUGCUUGGACUCGAUAUGCUCAAAAGGCACCAGUGUUCAAUUGACCUGAAACGCAAUGUGCUAGUUAUUGGCACAACAGGAACAGAGACACGCUUUUUAUCUGAAGCAGAGUUGCCAGAAUGUGCCAGGCUGGCAUAUGGUGUUCCACGAGAUGAUCUUCGCCCUGAGGAGCUAGCAGACGCAGAGCUGGCGGAGGCACUACACAGAUCAGCAGAGGAAUCUGGAAAAGAAAAUGGCAAAACUACCUCAUUGGAAAGUCCUUCAUUACCAGCACCUCAUCAUCUUCCUCUCCCACUUCCCACUACAAGAACUGACCUAUCUCAGGCCCCCAAAACCCAAAGUCAGUUGGACUGUUCACUUUCCGUCCCUGCUAGCCUUCCUUCACAAAACGAGAAGAAGUUGGAACUUACAGAUGUAAACAACCUUCAGCUCACUCCUGAGUGCAUGGAACCUCAGGCAGAAAAGCAGGCACCGUCAGGAUCAUUGGCCAAUAAGUUGACCCCUCUCUUUCCUGAUAAUCUGUCUGCUCCUUCUCAGGCAUCAUUAGGGAAGAACCACAUACCACAGGGUGAAGGCAUUCCUUGCAGCUCACAAGACCUUUUGAACUAUCCAACUUCAGAUACCAAUGAUGAGUCCCUGCCAAAACGUGUCUUGCCAAACAAGAGUCCGUAUGAGGUUGGCAUGGAAAAGGGUGACAUCACGCAUUGUACAACCAAAGCCUGGUGGGAAAUUAUAAACAAAGAAGGUUUAGAUGAACCACCGACAAAAAAAAUUGGAGAGAUUUCUUCAGCUGUACAAUCAAAUAGUGAUCCUGUGUCUGAUCUGGGUUUGGUUAACAGACUAAGCCAACAGGUCUCACCUAAAUUGGCUUUUGCAGCUGGUUCUAACCUAAAUGAAAUGCAGCAAGGCACCGAAACUGGAAAGGGGAUUGAUGAUCCUGACAACCUCAUUAAGCCAUUUGAUAUGGACCUUGAAAUAGCUGAAAAAGAUCCAUGUAGCUGUCAAAAGAAAUUUGAGACUGAUGAAAGACCACCACCUGAAUCUUCAACUGGAAACAUUGAAAUCUGCGAUGCUGAAAUUGUAAACUCUACUCAGCAGCUGGUAGACGAAAUUAGAUAUUCAGCAUCAAAAAGGACGGAAAAAUGUAGUCAAAAGGAGGGAGAAGUCACUAUUUCAGAUCAGAAUUUGGAGGAUGAACAUUUAAGAUCAUGCUGCUCCAUUGCUCAGGAGACUAUGCGUCCUGAGUUACCAAGUGGCUGUGUGAGGGAAAAGUCUGAACUUGCUGUUGUCACUGAAAAAGAGCAUGGAGAAGUACAUCCUUUGACUGAGAUUAAACAGUCUCCUUCUGAGCAGGAUCAGACAACAGUCUCUGAUUCACAUUUUUCCCCUGUGGCUGCUUUAUUUGAACUACAUCAAAAGUUAGUCGUCUCAUGUCAGGACGUUUCCUUGAAGAUGUCAGUCAGCUCAGAGGACAACCAUCGGUCAGACACAACAAAUCAGGAAGAAAGUUUUCAACUAAUGGAGGUGUCUGAAGAAUGUUCAGAUAAUAAUGCUUUGAGGACGUGUGUCAAUGUAGAGGUGGAUACUGUUGCCGUGGAAGAGCAAAAUGAACCUUUGUUAACUGCUAAUUCCAAAAUUUCUCCAAAAAGAGACAACAGUGUGGAAAGCUUCAAUGAAUUUCCAGAAAAAUACACUUCAGAUGUGGCACAAGUUAAACCUAAUGAGACUUUUGUGCAAGCAUCAAAGGAUGAGGCUGCAGCUUUUAUUACUGUGUCUAAGGAUCAAACAAAGGAAAUGGAAGUUUUCCCUACUGAGGAAUCUUUGCAGACCCAAGAAUUAUCAGUACACCCGCAUGAUUCUGCAGCAGCUGAAAGCAGCCAGAACACUCAAAGUAGUGAGUCACAUUUGCAAGAGAUGACAAAUAAUGUAGCCUGUCCUUCAGAGGACCCAGAGGUUUUACCUACACCCAUGAUGGGGGAAGGGACCAUUGAAGCCAAUACGAAUCAGCCUAAUAGACGUUCUUUGGGUAGUCCUCUAGAAGUGCGCCCCCUAGCUUUCCCGGCUGCUAAUGUUGCACGAAUAAGACGCUCAGGAUUCACUCAGCAAGAAGCAUUGGAAGCCCUUGAACGUUUUAAUGGCAAUACAGACCUGGCACUUCUGGUUCUCCUCGCAAGAAACAUUGUAGUUCCUAUUUGAAGCUGUCCAGUAAGAGCCUGUAGGACAGUGAUAAGCUGGUACUAUUUUGAUAUUUGGUCUACAGUGGAUACUGUGGUGGGUAAAAAGGAAACAUGUUGACCAGUGUUGAGAAAGACCUGUUUUAGCUGUUGGUAUCAUUGGUGGCAUCUGUCACUGGCAAACCAGUUUUGAGGUCAAGUUGUAGCAACGUUAGUAUUUUAUUUCAGUGCCAUUCUUGAUACCACUUCACUGAAAUAUUCACUAGUAGCCUAUAAGCCAACAAACCUAGUCAAUUCAAGUACUGGCCUUUGUGCAGUUUAAACUGCCUAUAAUUUUUAACUGCAUGUUCUCCAAACACAGGAGAAAUUAGUAAGAAGAAGUUUGAAAUGGCAAGGAGAAGAAAAGACAGAGGUAGCAGCUUUGAAUCCUUGGAGGAUGAUCUACGUGUACAUGGGUAUUCAUGGUGGAAUCAUGUUAGAUUUUAAAAUUUUUGCAAGGUCAGUAGUUAUCGCCAUUGGAUUUGGGGGUUACUUGAAUGUUUGACUUAACCAUCAGGAGAAGUGGAAAGUCUCCAUCAUGUUUCCUCCAUAAGGAUAAAAGUUCAUGUUCUCACCUUUUGAGUACACAAAUUUUUAGAAUUCCUUUACUGUUUUAUAGCCUUUGUUAAAUCUGACACAGCAACACCACCUCUGCUGGACGUAUGUCACAUUUGAGGCACAUUCAGUAUUCAGUUGGUUUUAAAAAAUGUUUUAUGAAGGUAUUUGUGCUAUUUUUUUUCUUAAAUGACAGUAGUGAUGUUGCUGUAAUCUUCAAUGGCUGCUUAGUGCAACCUCUGUUCUUUGUUUUCCUUUUUUAAAACCAAAUAAUUAAAAACAAAAGUUAUUGCCAAACAAAACGUAGGUCGUGUGUCAGCUGAAGCUAGUGCUUAAAAAGCUAUCUAUGUGAAGAACUAUGAACUGUUUCUAUUUCUUGCUUCUAAAAGCUGAUAUCUAAAGGUGCAAUGAUGAAGUAGCACACUAAAGAUAUGGAGGACGGCAAAUGGGAACAAACAAGAAGAAAAUUUUGAUUCAGUACUGACAUAAAAACCUAUAAACUAUUCAAGGCCAUAAUCUGGAUUUUCAGGGCUGAAUCUUUACUCUCAGGGACUGAAGGAUUGGGAUCAUAUCAGAAAUUAAAAUGUAUGAACACUGUAACAGGAACCAAGCCUGUCCACUUCCAGGUUUAACAGGGGCAGGAUGCCUGGUGGCAGAGAAUGGGUUUACUUAUUUAAAUAUUAUAAUGAGGCCAUGUGCCUUUGUUUUACGACAUUCUAUUUUUAACCACAGACAGCCAGGCUUCCCAAAGCAUGAGUGAUUCAGCAGCUUAAAUAUCAUAGUAAAAUCAUAGAAUCCCUACAGUGUGGAAACCAGUCAUUUGGCUCAACAGGUCCACACCACUCCAAAGAGUAUCCCACCCAGACCCAUUCCCCUAAGACACCAAACUUAAACACCCUUGGACACUAUGGACAAUUUAGCAUAGCCAAUCCACCUACCCUGCACAUCUUUGGGCUGUGGGAGGAAAACCACGCAAACAGGGAGAGAGUGUGCAAACUUCAAACUGCAAACAGUCACCUGAGUCUGGAAUUGAACCUGGGUCCUUGAUGCUGUGAGGCAGCAGUGCUAACCACUGAGCCACUGUGUUGUUCCAAAUAUCUUUACAAGAUGGCUUGUGCAUUAGGAGCACUUGCUCCAGAGCCAAAAAAACCCGAGUAAACUGUAGUCUUCACCGCACGCGCGCACCCC